GAAGAACUCAUUUCUCUUGAAAACGAUCCUACCGUAGAACGAAUUCAAGUGGAGGAUGGAAAACGAUGUCAAAUACGACGCGUUUGUAUUCCCUUUGAGCCAGCGAAAGAAACUCCAAGAAAGAAAAAAAUCACAGAAGGAGAGGAAAAAAAGAAUUUAUAAAACUGAUCGUAUGUAUCUGUAAUAGAAAAAGUCAUAAUAUUUUUAGAAAACGCGUUGAAGUUUAAGUAAGAAAUUUUUAUAAAAAUGAUCCUAAACCAGUCAUCUUGAUUUGUUGAUAAAUGUAGUUUUAAGUAAAAAAGGGAUCGAAUUUAACACGAUUCUGUUUUUCCUUAACAUAGUUUAGAUAAUAGAUCUACAAUUGAUAAUGAUGAACGAUCAUAAAGAUUUUUAUCAUAAAGACAUACGAAAAGGUUUCCAGUUUUAGAUUCUUUUCUUUUUUGAAGUUGAUCUUUUUUGCAUUUGAAUUCGUAAAGAUUCGCAAAGAAGUUGAAAAUGGUGUGAGAGAAUAAGAGAUCGAGGAGUCGUUUAAACGCGGGAAUCGCCGGCGUGCUUUUGGAGCUUGCGCGCCGAGCACCGCGUUCUGCGAAUCGUUCUUAAGAGCUUUAGCGGUGGGAAGCCCACGCGACUCUGGCAAUGGUCUGUCGUUCGUCGGUGUCUCGAGGCGAUCAUCAAAAUCGGCAGUGACUACAUUUUCAAAGCUUUUCCUUCGAAGGAUUAAAGAGAGAACAAGUCUUUUUCUCUCUUUCUUUUCCUUUCUCUUGUUCUUCUCUCUCUCUCUCUCUUUCUCUCACUUUUCCUCUCUCAAGUUUCGACGAAGUUUCUUCAUUACGAAGGUAAAACGAAAAAGGAAAAGAAACGGAGUGAUAAUCAUGAAAUUGAACGUAGCGGAGUUAUCGAUGUUGACCUUUCUUCUACCACUCACCACGUGCAAGAGUACUAAUUAUGAUAUUGAAAUUAUACCUUCGUUGAGAUUCAACUCGUCGGAGAAAAUUUCCUCCCCGUCGUUAACGAUCGAUAGAUUUUCUAGAGGCACAGUCACAGAUAUCGUCUCAAAAAAUAUAACCAUGGUUUUGGAGAAUCUUCUUAUGAAUUAUGAAAAUAGCCAACUACCAACACACGGAAAAGGAACACCAACGGUGGUAAAGACCAAUAUUCUGAUAAGAAGUAUGGGUCCUGUUUCCGAAUUGGAUAUGGAUUACUCAAUGGAUUGCUACUUUCGACAAUCUUGGCGUGAUUCUCGGCUUAGUUUCUUAGGACCUAUCAAGUCCCUCAGCCUUAGUAUCAAGAUGCUCGAGAGAAUUUGGCGUCCGGACACGUACUUCUACAAUGGGAAACACAGCUACGUGCAUACGAUCACUGUGCCCAACAAGUUGCUGAGAAUUUCUCAGGACGGGGAUAUACUCUAUUCGAUGAGGCUUACCAUUAAAGCGAAGUGUCCCAUGGAGUUACAGAAUUUUCCCAUGGAUCGACAAUCGUGCCCAUUAAUUUUAGGAAGCUAUGCUUACACGUCCCAACAGUUAGUUUAUGAAUGGCAAGAAGGAUCGUCCGUAAACUUUGUUCCUGGAAUGGCACUAUCGCAAUUCGAUUUAAUGGGUUCUCCCUAUAGAAAUCUUACGUUUGUACGUCGUGAAGGCGAAUUCUCUGUUCUCCAAGUAUCUUUUAAUUUACAACGGAAUACCGGUUAUUUUUUGAUACAAGUCUACGUUCCAUGUGUACUUAUAGUCGUCUUAAGUUGGGUAUCGUUUUGGAUUCAUCGUGAAGCUACCAGUGAUCGAGUAGGUCUAGGUAUCACAACGGUACUAACACUUUCUACGAUAAGUCUUGAUUCAAGAACUGAUUUACCAAAAGUGAGAUACGCUACAGCCCUCGAUUGGUUUCUUCUCAUGAGUUUUGGUUAUUGCAUCGCUACACUUUUAGAAUUUGCUGGGGUACAUUAUUUUACAAAGGUCGGAAGUGGAGAACUUCCAUUAGACGACGAAGAAUGGGAAAAUAUUUCGGACAAGGAGUACGAAGAUCCAUUUUGUACGAUCGCUACUUGCGGUCCCCAAACCAUUCAUCCAGAUAGUAUCGUUGACGAAACUUCCAGAAGAAGUUCCACCGUCUGCAGCGUUUAUAAUGACUCGGUAACGUACAACCGACGAUCUUAUCAACCCGUAACAAUUACAUCGAGACCAUCCACAAUGGAAAGACAAACGCAAACCGAACGUCGAUUGCCUAAAUGGAGACAAUUUUUAUACUGUUUGGCAGGUCACGAUGAGUUCAGAAGACAACGACAACGUGAAGCAGUAAGGAAUUGCCGAAAAUUUGGAGAACGUGUAGCGAGACAUAUCAAUAGUGUAUCGACUAUAGAUAGAGUUGCACGAAUAGUUUUUCCAGCAUCUUUUGGAUUACUUAAUAUAUGCUACUGGGUCGUUUAUGUCACUUAUCAGGAAGAAUUUAAAUGGCAAGAUCCACCGAUUGGUUCGAUUUCUAAAUAAAAACAUACUUGUCAAUUAAAUAUUGUCAA